UGCUUAUUUCGUUUUGUUUACAUUACAUUUUCUGAGGUUAAGAACUCCUGCAAUUGUCUCUCCACCCAACUACGUUUGUGUGCCCAUCAACUAUUCAAUAUUAAUCUUGCACAUCUUUAAUCCCCCAACAUUCUUCAGGCAAACAAUGGUUCAUCGAUUGGCGGGCCUCAUUUUGACACUUGUUCUACCAACGCUUAUCACAUCGUUACUCCAAAAUUGUCAAAACUUUACCCAAAAGUGUAUUUGUGGGCGAGAAGAUUACUAUGGCAAGCAUGAUCAGUACAUUGUAAACUGCACUAAUACUGGUUUUACAGAUGCCAAAAUUUUGGAAAACCUACCCUCUGAAACUCAGGUGCUAAUAUUCUCUGGUAACAAAAUUAGUACUCUUCCAUGGAAUGUGUUUGGAACAAUGAAUAAUCAUAGUGAGCUUCGAGUUAUCGACAUGUCCAAUAAUGGAAUAAAAGAGAUUCGAGGAAAAUCGUAUCAUCAUGUCCCUAAUGUUGAAAGGCUUAUCCUCAACCAUAAUGAAAUUUCAAUCGCCACUAGCGAGCCGAAUAAUCAUCAUCAUCCAAGGGUAUUUUCUAACUUCGACAGCCUAUCGGAGCUGCACUUGACAAAUGCAUUUGCAGAUAACACAAGUGAGGAUUUGGCAGCAGACCUUCAUGACAUCUUUAUUAACAGUGAGUUGAGACACCUGAACAAGUUGCAUUUGGAGCAGAAUGAAAUUACGGGGUUCCGUGACCCUAAUGUCUUUUGUAGCCUCCCAAAUCUCAUGGAUCUUCACUUAGGUGACAACUUACUGAGAGACCUUCACUUUAACCUCUCUUGCUUGGAGCACUUACGAUUCCUUGACCUUGAGCGAAAUCAGGUGAUGGCCUUGAAAGAUGCUGAUUUGGCCGUACUUGACUCUUUUCCACAACGCCACAAAAAUCUUGCUAUCGACCUCAGUGGUAAUCCUUUUGUAUGUGGUCAUGAAAUGGAGCAUCUGUGUGCAUGGCUACGUGUCUCUCAGGUCAGAAUACGGAACAAAAAUGCUAUCACUUGUACCACCAGCAACAGUAUCAACACUGAUAAGCAUAUAGAAGGUCACAGUGACUGUCUGCCCCAUACUCUCCUAAUGACCCAGGUGCAACCUCCUUCAUCACACACACUAGUAACUUUUGUUUUGACAGCCCUUACUGUGGUUCUCUUAUCUUUAGUUUGUCUUCUACUUUAUGUUAACCGUGACCAAAUUAGCUACCAGCUUCGGCCAGUCAUAGACUCAGUAACAAGAAAGGUGCAAUACACAUCAAUUGGGAAACAAGAGGAACACGAGAUGGUUCUGUGAUGAAGAUGACCCAUUUCAAUCAAGUCCAGAAGUUAAAGUCAGUCAAAUUUUCAAAACUCCAACCGCCUCAAUCACCUAAACCUCUCUCUUGAACUCACAUUCAUUAGAGUUCAAAUUUUUUUAAAAAAAAUACUCCUUUUAAAUACAAGGUGUAACCUCUUCUGAAAUUUUUGCGGUAGAUCUUAAUUUAAAAUUUCCUCUCUUAGUUGCAAGCCAACUAAAAGCUGUCCCCUAAAAAUAUUUUUUAAUGACUGUCAUGUCAAAAAUGCAUGCCGAUAUGCACUAAAUCCCUCCAUCGAGGAGAGUUAACCAAGAUUUUUCUCCAACAACUAGUCUACUUGUUGUUUGAAGAGACCAAGUUUCAGAAUACAGUAAUGAAAAAUAUCUGUGUAAUAUUCUUAAGUUUUUGAGGACUGCUUUCUUGUAGUAAACAUAAAUAGAUAUUUUUUUUCUUUUUACCUCGGAUUUUGCAACCAAAAAAAUUCAGCAUCAAAAUAAUUCAGACUCUUUUUCAUGGUUUUUUUAUGCUGGAUUAUACUUUAAUGCAAUGUUCGGAUAAAAUAAAAUCCGAAUUUUCAUACCUGUAAAUCUCAUAGAGAAGGGACGUCUGGUGCGCAAUUGAAUUAAACCUUCGAAGCAAUGAUGGAUCCCAAAUUGAAACAUAUUUUAUUUUUAUGAAUUAAAUGAUAAGGAAGAUACCAAAUUGUUGACGAAGUGGAAAGUGAUUACAAAGUAAUGGCUUUCUUUCUCGUGUUAUAUUUCAAGUGUUGUUAGUUGAAUUGACCGUUUAAGACGUGUCACUAAAUUAGUUUGUUGAAUUAUUCAAGGUUAGGAAGAUGCAUGAGAAUGUAUUGUGCAUGAAGACUAUUGUCAUUUUUAAUAGAGAUUUUAAUUAGUGUGGUCUCGAAUGAUUUUUUAAAUGUUUUAUUUGCAAGUCUUUUAGUUGAUAUAUUCUCUGUUAAUUUUUUGUAGCAUAGUAGGUUGUCUCUGCAUAAUGUUAUUAAUUCUUAUUUUUCAAACUUUAUAACUGCCUUUUUCAAAAAGAAUUUUUACUACAUUUUCCUUGUUAUAUUCUUUAAGGUUUUUGUACUUUUUUAUAUUCUGACUCAUGCAUAAUUUUAUGUUUACCUGUAAAUACUGCACAGAACUCUCCCACUAACAUAGAUCUAAUGUUUCUUGGUUGUUUCAUGUGUGAUCCCUGCAAAAACUUUGAUAGUCAAUUCUAUCAUCAAAGGUUUUCUUUUUUCUUCUUUUUAAAAAGUAACAAAUCCUCAAAAUUAUUUUAAAAUUUAUACAUGGUAGGUCAGCCAAAAUUAUUGAUUGUAAUAUCUUCAAGAAUUAUUGCCCAUCCACUAGGCGUAUCUUUUGUGUACUAAUCAUUUAAUCCUUUUUCACAACAAGGUUAGCUCUGCUUCAAAAUCAAAAUUUUAUGUAUUAUCUAGUAACUUUUUACCCCCAUUCUGAGGAAGCUAAUUGAUUUUUGAGUCUUUUACGGCCGAAAGAAUGUUCUUUGCCUAGCCGUGCAUCAUGCAUUUUAAAAAGUAAGUAGGUAUCCAAGUCUAUUUUAAUGCUGGCAGGAAACUCCCAGCUCAUGAUUGUGGUAAAAAUUUAUACAAUGGAUUCCCAUUCUUGUCCAUUUCAUGAUCUAGUGAGAGUAUUCAUAAGUGCCUUUCUUGAAGUGUUCAAAAGACUUUCUUUAUAUAUAUAUAUUUAUGUAUACAUACCUACUUAACAUGUAACCUAAAUUAUUGUUUUUCUGAAAGUGUUCAAAAAUACUUUUUUAAAAUUUUUUUGUUAGUUUAUUAACUGUACUUAAAAAAUUAUCUAUUAUUUCCUGUUACUAGAAAUUUUAAUCUUGUAGCAAGAAAAGUAUUUAUUGCAGCUCGCCAUUUUACUUGAAGGGAUAAUUUAGAAUCACCCUUGAUCUCAUGAAGAUCAAAGUUCUAACUUUUUCCUUUGUACAUUUCUUAUUCUUAUCGAUAGGUUCCCAAUUUUAUUAAGAUAAUUUUUCAUACUUUAGUAAGAACUUUAUAUUUUCAACAGGCAUGUAAAUUGAAGUGCAUAACCAAGUACUAACUACUCAAGAGGUAAUCAAUUUUUUAUGCAACUGGGUAAACAAUAUAAUUAAAUUUUCCUUUUUCCAGAUGAAAAAAAGGUGAAUAAUACUUGGAUAUGCAAUAUUUGUCCAUAAUUGCGCGAAAUUAUUGAUCACCUCUCUCUAUCUAAGCUCUAUCUCUAGGUGCUUCUUUUCUUUUUAUACCCAUAUAUUCAUGCUUUUUGUACUUAUCUCCUGAAGAUCUCAUAAUUCCGAAAUACUGGCUGAACAGUUAAGCUUGAAAUUAUGAAAAAAAAAAAAAA